AUGUCCGCGGUUCCACAUGAUCUGAUCCGGCGGAUUCAGAUCUCGACCCGAAACGUAGCUGGACUAUCGGGGUACGACCCCGGAGACCUGACCCUGCCCGCCCUCCCGUCUCUCUCGGCAACCAUCGCGUCCUUGGAACCUUCCCUGCCAUAUCUACGCUGCACCCACUGCAAAGGGAGGCUACUAAGAGGCUUACAGUCUUUCAUUUGUGUCUACUGUGGCAAUCCCCACCAAAAUGACGUUGCUCCCGAUCCCAUUUGCUUUAAUUCCACCAUUGGGUAUCAGUGGUUGCUCCAGUCUCUUCAGCUCGAUGGAUCGGAACUGAUUGGACCUCUGAUAGAAAAAAGUGAACCGAACCGAGCACAAGGUCCUUCUAAAGGUGAAAUUGCCUUGUCUGAUUCCUUAAAUUUUAGGAUAGCAUGGCCAGCCGAGAUACAGAAGCAAGGCACUAGUGUUUCAGACAAGCAGCCAGAACGGAGUAAACGAUCUUUGAAUUUAACUGGAGUGGAUCUGGACAAUUUCUUUUCCGAACCGCAGAGGGAUCUUUCUGAUAGAUCUGUUGAACAGCCAGUAACAGGCAAGCAGGUCUACACUUCACAGUUAGAAGUUUCAGCUCCUGACAACCUAAAUUUAUUUCAGAAUGUUCAGCAGUCCGAUCCAGCUGUUAGUUCUUCUGAAGGCCAGAAUGAUGAUGCAUUUUCCGGAUGGGAGGCAGAGUUUCAGCCUUCUGCUUCUGAAAAUGAACACAGUGGUUCAAUUACAUCUGACUUUUUUAUAAGUUCUUCCAUGGAUUCUGGAAAGAAAAUCGAGGAUACCAAAUCAUUUGACCCUCUGAGUUCUGAGGUUGAUCUUACUGCCCACAUGGAAUCUAUGUUGGGACCUGGAACCAAUCUAAAUGAUGGAAAGUCGAAAGAUUCUGCAGAUUCUCCUGCAUUUGGUGACUGGGAUUCAAAUGACCCACUGAAUAAUGUGACCUCUAAUGAGUCCCAGCUAGCUGAGGGGUUUGAUGCCACUUUCCAGAUCAAAGAUGAUAAUAUUUUAGAAAAUUCAAACUAUUCUUCUACUGAUGUUGACUGGUUUCAAGACAAUAAAUGGAAAACUAACAAAAUGGAUGAACCCGAGAAUACCGUAGCAAGUAGAGAUGAUGACUCAUUUGAUGAAUGGGAUGAUUUUACAGGCUCAACUAGCACACAGGAUCCUUCUAAAAAUGCUUUGACACAAAAUGAUAAUAAACUUUCUGCUUCUCUUGGGAAUCCUUCAGAAAUAGGGCUGUUCGGUUCAAACAAUAAAUUUGAAGAAAUGGAUUUUGGUAGCUUUUUACAACCUAGUCUUUUUUCUGGCUCACCAAGCAAUGACAAUUUUUCUACAAAAGGGAACACUAUUUUGCAAGAAGUUCCUGCUUCAGACAGGUUAGUUGAUACUAGCGGGAUUUCUGAUGAUGCUGGAAAUAGUGAAGAGGUUUUUGAUAAAUCUGCCAAGCGAAGUGAUGACAUCACAAUGUUGAUUUCUCAGAUGCAUGAUCUUUCCUUCAUGCUUAAGAGUGAUCUUUCUAUCCCCUCCAAAUCAGAUAGCCAUAAUGCCUUCCAACUAGAUUGA